AUGUCUGCCACCCAGGUUGUCAAGUCUCACGGUCCAUUCCAAGGGCUUCCCACCUAUCCCCAGACACCUGAGCUCUCCGAUCUGUGUGCAGUGGUGACUGGCGCAAAUGGUCUAUCCGGUUACAAUAUGGUGCGGGUGUUGUCAGCAGCCCCAGAGAGAUGGAGCAAGAUAUACUGCCUGUCUCGUCGAGCGGCUCCGAGCAACUUCUUCACUGACCUGGGUGAUGGUGCGGCGAGGGUUGAGCAUAUCCCUGUCGAUUUCCUGUCUGAAACGGCGGAGAUUGCGAGUCGGCUGAGAGAGGAUAUUCCCAAAGUAGACUACGUCUUUUUCUUUUCGUACAUGCAGCCAGAACAGGAAGGUAAUGUUCUAGGCAUGUGGUCGGAUGCGGAGGCCCUGACCAAGGUGAACUCUACUAUGCUCAAUAACUUCCUUGGUGCUCUCCAAGAAGCAAACCUGCACCCAAAACGCUUCCUCAUCCAAACAGGCGCAAAGCACUACGGCUUCCACAUCGGCCCCUCAACAAACCCAUCCUUCGAGACAGACCGUCGAGUUUCGCUUGAGCAAAACUUCUACUAUCUUCAAGAAGAUGCGCUGGCAGCAUACUGCGCCGGUACAGGGGUCGGCUGGAAUGUUGUCCGCCCCUCCUACAUCAUAGGCGCCGUGCGCGACGGAGCCCUAAACCAUAUGAUUGGCCUGGCGAUCUACGCAGCUAUCCAAGCGCACUUAAACCAGCCACUCUACUUCCCUGGCGACUACAUAGCCUGGGACCGCGAGGUCUGCCAGAGCACGGCCUUGUUGAAUGCAUAUUUUGAGGAAUGGGCUGUUUUGACCCCAGAUGCGGAAAAUCAGGCAUUCAAUAUCCAGGAUGGCCUGCCCUUCACGUGGGGACGGUUCUGGCCGAACCUUGCCGAAUGGUAUGGGACGACUUGGAAGGCCCCGGAGGUUGAAAGGGCUAAGUAUAGGGCAGCUACAUCGAGACACGUGCAGACACCUCGAGGGUACGGACCCACCGGCACCACACUGUCUACAUUCAGCUUUCAAGAAUGGUCAGGGCUCAGCUCGGUGCAGGCCGCGUGGCAGGAAUUACGAGAAAAGCACGAGCUGGUUCUUGACCCCUUCACUCCACAGUACCGCGCCCAGAUCUUCGGCAUGACAGACUCGGCGGUCCUAGGUGGGUGGGCGCUCUCGUUGAGCAUGCGUAAGGCGAGGCGGAUGGGGUUUCUAGGAACUGUAGACUCGUUUGAGAGUGCUCGGACCGCGAUUAGAGAUCUCACGAAGUUAAAGCUUGUGCCGCCCAUGCGGAAGACUACAUAG